UCGCGAUCAGUCAGUUUCGAGACGUCUGGGCGUGCGAACCUCGUUCGGUUGCGGUCUCGUGGGGUUAUAUAAAGUGUCCUAGGAAAUUGUUGGAAAAUUCACCGGUCCUAGGCCGACAUCCGCUAGUGCAUUGUUCAACAAUCAGCCGGAUGCGGUUUUUCCUGCUGGAAAGUGGAUAAAAAGGGCAGAAAAGCUGAAAGGAUAAAUCUUUUUUCGCAACCGUUGCCCAAGAAGUGAAAAGUUAUUUUUAUUAAUAUAGUGCUCCCGGGAAUGUACUGCGGGUUUAUAAGAUGAGUGGUAGCGUGCCGUUGAGAUCACCGACGCCUCCAUCAAUGGCGAACCAUCCAUCGUCGAGAUUUAGAAUCUCAAGAACCAUGCCGUCAUGGGUGACCGAGAGCAGCGAUCGGGUUGGACCUGCACCUCCUCCGCCACCAAUCAAUGCAGAUCCAGAGUACGAAGUCAUUGACGUGGCCAAUCAACAAUAUUCCAACACCCCUCCACCAAUUCCAGUGAAAUCUGCUGAUAUCAAACGAAUGACCGUCAUGAAGUGCGACUUGUGUGGAUCUGUAACGCCGGCGGUUCGCUGUGCGCAAUGCGAAAAUAAUAUUUUCUGCGCAUCUUGCGACGAUCGCUACCAUCGUCAUCCAAAGCGUCAAUCACAUAUCAGAACCCCCGUAGAAUUGCAAACCACCUCUACCACUACCACCCCCACUGCAGUGAAGCCCCCGUUGCCGCCAAAAGGCGAGGCUAGCACAAGUGGCCCCCUGCCGCCACCCAGAAGAAACAAACGCCCCGGUAGUUUUCUCUUUCCCAGUCCCCUGCUAGGUCGUAAGCAGGACCAGGACCAGACCAUCCCGACUACCAUCCCACAGGUCUUGAACAACGCUCAAAAGCCACCGCAACCACCACCAAGUCCGGCCCUGUCUCUCCGUGAGAAAAUGAACUCUCUCAAGCGAUUUAUACAUCCAUCGAAUAGGCCGUUGCCGGAUCCCCCAGAAAACAAAAUUCAUUCAUCUACUUCAUCGCUGGAUACAGUUUCGAAACGGUCGUUUGCCAUCGGUACUCCCAAAUCCAUGUCCAGCACAAUGGAGAAGAUUCAAAACAAUACGGCUGCGACUCUGGACCGAAUGACUAUGCUGCAACAACGUUACCGUCAGCACCAAGAAACCAUGCGAGCGGAUAACGAUAGAAGUCGACGAGCGAGCUUUGCUUCCAAUGCUGAUGUACAGUCAUCAGCGCAAGCCAUUCGCACAAAACCACCAUCAGUUCCAUCAACAACACUCAAUCAACAGCAACAACAAUUCCAUCACCAGCACCAUGCGUUGCAAUCGAGAUGGAUCGAACCACCGACACCCAGAAUAAGAUCUGGCAGUGUUGCUUCGGGUAUCAACCUGAUGCCCAACGCUUCUUCACCAGUUUCCAAUGAGAGCAACGCUCUAAACAGUAAUAAUCAACAGUUUAUGUUCUCCACACAGCGUACGGAAUUGGGUAGUAGUCCCGACCCUGGGCUGCCCAAUCCUCGCAGUACCUCUGUAUUUAAUCUAAACCAGAUGCACCAUCAACCGGUGCAGCCCAACAUGUGGGGAUUCAGUCCACUCCAACAGGCUCAAUCUAUGGCACAGAUAAAUUACAAUCAGAUGCACUGGAGUCAAAUGAACCCCUGGAUGGCAGGAGGUCAAUCACAAAAUGGUUCAAAUAUGAGCCUCAACAUGCCGCCAUCACAACAUUAUCCGCACGAUCAGUCAGGUUAUCCACCAGGCUGGAAUAACACAUGGGGUGGAAUGUAUCCGUAUCCUAUGGGAAUGAUGCCAAUGAUGCAUGGUAUGGCAAUGCCCCCACCACGAUCGCGAGCCAAUUCACGAUCACGUGCGGCAUCUCCGGCUCUUAGUGUGAAGUCUCGAAAAUCCACCAUGUCAAUGCGUAACCUCAAUCGCAACAGCUACAUCAACGAUCUUACUGAUGAUGAAGAUUCCGACGAAGAUUUCUCGAAGAUUAGAGGUAGACGAGAUCGUCGCCAUCGAGUGAAUUCGAACAGUAGUAUCGACUUUGAUGAACCCGAGCCGAAUGCUUUUGUUCGGUCUUCCAGCGUGAAACCUUCUCGAUUCAACCGGGAUCGUCGUGGAGCAUCCUCUGCCAGAUCCUUAAUCGAUUAUCCGACAACGUACAAGCGAGAUAUUCAUCGUUCAAAAUAUGAUCGUGAAGAACUAUUGCGUGAUCGUUUUGAUAAGAUGUCACUGUCGUCUCAACGAAAAGUGACUUCAGAUUCAUACACGAAUGAUUCCGAUGGAGAAUCGAAUCGUCGAGGAUCCAAUAAAUCAAAAUCUAACAACGAAAGCUUCAGCUCUCCACGCAAGAUUACUUCAGAUUCCAUGACCAAUGAUUCCGACGUGGAUUUCGAGAAACGCCGUAUGGCCAAACAAAACCGAUCUCCCAGUAACGUACCGUCACCAAAUAAGGUUGCUUCAGAUUCCUUUACAAACGAUUCUGAUGCUGAAUUUGAACGACGGAAACAACAGAAGUUAAGAAAUUCGGGACUUCUGUCACCGAAACGUAUGGAAUCUGAUUCAGUGACUGGUGAAUCAGAUGCAGCUAGAGAAAAAGUUAAAUCUUCAGGGAACAGAAAACUUUCCGAUACGGAAAAGAACAAAACUGUUAAAGCAAAAACGAGCAAAACUACGCCCAAGAAAAUCCCAUCAGAUGCGCAUACUCCUGACACGGAUGGCGACCAUAAGCGUAGAUUUGUCACAAAGAAACAACUGAAAAAGAACUCCAGUACGGAAUUUAUUCCUCAAGAUUCAGAAGUCGAGUUUGAACAGCGAAAAGAAGAAAAACAGAAAAUUUCCAACAUUGUGAAUUCUGAAUCUGAGUCAAAAAAAUCUCCGUCAAAAUCCAACGAUGAGGAUGAAAUAGAGCAUAUACAGAGCGUUGUAGCUAAGAAUCAAAUCAACGAAAUGAAAUCCGAAUCAAUACAAUUCUCAAUGGAAGAUUCGCCAUCUCCUCGGCCUACGAUUCCUGCACCUGAUCAUGAAUGGGAAUGCACGUUCUGUACAUAUGUCAAUGAAGCUGGCGUCAAGAUAUGUGCAAUCUGCUGCAAAACGGUUUCUACCGGCUCAACGAUAAAUCCCGAAACUCCACGAUCACCACCGCCAGAUGUCGUUCAAGGGCCACCCAGCGAAAAGCAAACAGUGCAAAGUCCGGCAUCCGAUGUGGUGAAACAACAGACGAUCAUACCGCAACCGACCAAAGAAAUCGAUACUAAGAAGAAAGACUAUGAUGAUCGAUUUGAUGAUGGUGUUGAAGAAUCUGAAAAGGUUGAUGAAAUUUUUGUCGAGGAAAAUCAGUACGAAAACCAUGAAAUUCGGUCCCCCCUCCAAGUGAAACCAGAGAAUCCGAAAGGCAGUGGUGAAAUCAAGCAAAAUCUUGACUGUGAAGUGACUAAACAUAUGAACAAAGUAGUGAGUGAGACAGUAUCCACAGGAUGCGGAACCUCUCCGCCGCGAGAGUUUGUCGAAGCUAAUGAAAUUGCUAAUGCCGUUGAAAGUAAGCCGAAUGUACCCUUUAGGGCUUCGAUUGGAACCUCUCCUCCUCCACAAGAUAUGUCGACACAGACAUACGAAACGUUUGAAAAAGUGCGCGAAGACGUCUCAAUCAUCGAGGAAACACAGGACAGUUCAACCAACAAUCUGACCCAACCACACUCAGGCGGCGUUUACAAACGAUCACAUUCGUUAGCCACUCCACAGCUACUGCAAGUGGGCAAUCCGCAUUCGGCAGACGAUCGACACCAAAGCUUUUCGAAUGACACCCAGAGUCUCCCACCGACUCCGCACGAGUUGAGCCCACAGCCACAUCAGUUGCUGCAAAAAGAACCUCAUCCAUCGUCAAACACGUCACCUCAUCAUGAAGAGGACAGCAUGUCCUAUCUGGAUCGUGCCAUUCAUCAGAUCAUCCAAACUGCUGCCGCUAGAACGAAUUUCGGCUUCACACGGCCACUUGAUCAGCACAAGUACCGGGCCAUGAACGACUUACGGCGCAUUGACACCAAACCGAGCCAAGCGCCGGCCAGACCGACUACCCACAACGAAAUGCUUCCCGAGAGACGACAGACGGGUGCCAAAAGCAUGAACGAAGCUUCUACGGAUGCCGCACAACUGAUGGAAUCGUUGUCGAUCAACGGUCAAAGUAAUUCAGCUGAGAAUGAAUUGAUAAGUCUUAUAAAGGAGGCAGCACAAUACAACUUCACUGCUGACGAGCUGCAGGCAGCAUUAGGUCAUUGCAGAGACAAGCAUCCAGUACAGUGGCUUCGUGACAACUGGUACAAGCUGGUCGGUACUGUGCAGACAUUGGCUACGAAGUACGGCCAUGAGAAACGGGAAAAUACGAUUGGAACUAUUUCGUCGACAGAAGCUCGUGAGGCACUGCGGCUUCAUAAGGGCAACAUCUGGCAUGCUAUCACGGAGUGCAUAGAGCAACGUCAGAAGAAGUAUCAUGAGAUCGCUUCGAAAGGUAACUUCACUCGGGAAGACAUUGUCACAAGCCUUACAGCACACCAUGGGAAUUUGGAACUUGCCAUGGUUGAGCUAAGUAAAACGCAACUUAAACCUUUCCUAAUGCGCAUCUGGGGUCCUCCGAAUGGAGCCGACAACGACUCUGGUAACUUGCUCCUACAGCAAGCUCUAAAAGAGGAUCGGAGUGGAAUCAGCACCGAAAUCCAGGAAUUUAUAAGUGCACACGUCGAGAAAGAACUGUUGUCGGACCAGGCUUCGGAAAGUGCUACAACCGAAGUAGAAGCGGUGAGUUGUCCCGAAGUUAAGCCAGAAGCGUGCAUGGAUGCUACUAACCAUACUGCUAUCAGUGGAAAUGGUAAAUGUGAUCUGCCGGAAGAAGAAUCUGCCACAUCUAAUACGCUAAUUCUAAGAGAUAUCGAGAAGCUCAUCGAUCAAAUGGAAAAGAAUCAGGAAAACAAAAGCGAGGAUGUGCUGAAAAACAUUCAACAUCUUCUUGCCAAACUAGUAGAGAAGAACGGAUCUCGACCAGCGUCGCAAGCUUCGGUACGUUCUGAAUCAUGUGAACGCAUCACCGUAAAAAGCCCAAUUCCACUACCACGCACGAGUCAACUAUCCGAGGACGACACCAAACCAAUCUACGAAGACAUUCGAAACUUCAUGACUGAAAACAUUCAGGAAAUCCUACCAUCUCUUGUGGAUCAAGUCCAACAAGAGCUUCAAAGCGUUCCAAUUCAUGCAGAGAGAACCCUAGAAGACGACAUUCGAGAGACACUCAUAAACGCGAACUAUUCAGAAGAUGAGUAUUCGACAAUUAGCAUUUUCCCAUUCAAAACAUACGACGAAGAUACUCCAGGAUUCCCCAAUCAGAAGAAAAAAUCCUCAAUGGGAUUCAAUACUGCACAAGAGGAAGACAACGAAUACGCCAACAUACAAGACUUUCUAAUGAAAGCAAUCCGAACAGAACGAUUGACCAAUGAAUUUGAACAAUACAAGACAAAGAACUAUCGAUUUGACAGUAGCUCAGACGAAGCGAGGAACACUGCUGAAUCAACCGACUAUUACGACAUAGUAGCUGUGAAUCAACGCAUUCAAGACUUACUCAGCAGAAAUCGUGAAGUAGUAUCGAGCUUAGGUCCUUUAGAAGUUGUACCGCCAAUACCAACUGAAACUCCCGUUGAGGAAGCUAUCUACGUAAACACAUCGGAAAUCGCUGCAAUGACAGCAGUAGUUCCACCAGAAAGUCCACCAGAGACAUCUGAUAGAAAACAGGUGAAGAAACGACGUGUAUCCAGAAUCCCUGUUAACAAAGAUAAUUAUCUUCAGCGAAGACCAGUCAAAAGCUCAUCAGAAAGUGAUUUUGAAGUGAUUGCACAUAACCAUAAAUCACCCAUUCCAACGGUGCAUGUAGAUCACGUUGAGGAACUACGACAUGUUGUAGAAAACAUCGAACAAAUUGAACAAGAGCUGGAUAAGUUGUCAAAUGAUAUGGACAGUCCAAUUGAAGAAGUGAAUCAACCAAUCUACGAUAAUGUUACAACGACCGAAGAACGGACCGUUGUAGAAAUACAAACCGUGCAGCAACCACUAACUAGCGAAGAAAAUCAUUUAACCAAAAAUAGUUCUAAUGAUCAAAUUCAAAUGAUCCCAAAUACAUUGCCCAUAGCUUUGCAGAAUCAUGAACCGCAAGAUAAAAUUACUAAUACGGAGGAAAAUAACGUGACUAGCAGCACUAUCGGUAUCGUCACUAACAUACCGCAAGAUACUGUUCAGAUCAAAGAAUCAUCUAAUAGCCCUCUUCCUGAAGUAGUAAAUAAUUCCAAACAAUCCCCAAAUCCUUCCGUUUCCAUCCUUCCUGAAACAUCUGCGCUAUCAACAUCUGAGGAAAUCUCCCGCAGUCCUGAACCAAUGCCGGAAUUAUCAAAUGAAGAGCCGCUUGCUGCACCGUCGGCUACAAAUCUUACUAUAAUUGAGAUCGUUGAUGCACCACUACCCGAACAAGAACCGCUUCGAGACGAAUCUACAUCUAUAUCUCUCUCCAAACCGUCUAACAACCUCUCGGACUUGGUUCUGGAUACCAAGCGGCUGAUCCAGCAAAUGAAAGACGAAAUCGCCUCUGAUAUGGCAACCAUGGCAGACGAGGAUGAGGUCUACGAAGAUGAAUACUAUGAAGAAGAUGAAUACGGCGACUGGACUGAAGGUGACGAAAUGAUCGAAGAAUGGGACUCCAAUGAAGAGUACGAAAUGGAUGAAAAUGGAGACUACUUUGAGUAUGAAGACGAAGACGAUGACGGUUCCGUGAUGUUCAGUGAAAUAGCGCCUGAGGAUUUUGUACAUCCAUUGGGUCGCACUGCCGAAUCGGUCAAUCAAUUAGAAGAAAUAAAUAUUGAAGAAAACAAACUAGAACUUCCAAAAAUGAACGCAGCGAUGGUAAGGGAGAUUGAGCGGAACAGUGCAUCCGAAGUAAGUGAUUUUCCUUUGGAUAGCGAUUUCAAUGAUACUCUGAGCGUUAUAGAACAUUCGGUCGGUGAGGUUACGGAUAUCUUAAGCUUGGCUGUGCAAGGUCUUGCAGAUGGCCACCUGCCGGAGUACGACGAAUCUUCAAGCGCAGAGACUGUUCAAAAUAGUCCAGAGAUUAGUGAAAACAGCGAGCUUACGCUCGUAGCAGAUGCUACUGAAUCUACAGAGCCGACACUGGUAGCAGAAGAAAACUUGAACUUGACCAUGAAAAAUGUUCAAACUUUAUUGAAUGCCAAGUUGGUCAUAGGGGAGUUCAUUAAAACAGCGCAACAGGUUGAAGAGGUUGACACAAAAGAAAUAGCAAAUCCAGCUGAAAGCGUCAAUGGGGCAUCUACGCCAGCACCUGUAGCAGGAAAUUCAAAUCUACAUGUGGAAGAUUCUGUAACGCUUGUACCUGGAAAAGCUCCCGCGGAGCCAACGGUUGUUGCUGAUACUAUGCCAAAUGAUAUAAAUCAAGUCACUAUACAAGAUGAAACCGAAUCUCCUACACAUGUACUAGAUGCCACCAUAGAAAUGCUUAACUCUGUUGCAAGGGAUUUAAGUGAACAACUUCGACAGGUUUCUCCUGCCUCUUCAAUUGAAGGUCAACAGAAAAUUGAAGAAAUUCCUAGCACGGAAAGCAGCAUCCCAGAAUAUGCAACUGUGAACAAAAACAAGACCACAGGUAAUUUACAGCUAUUAAACAAUGACAGCCAAGAACAAGACAAUCCAACGAUAAAGCAUGAAAUGCCUGAAUACGUGAAUGUUAUCGAGCUGCAAAACAUGCUUAACGAAACUGGUUCUAUCGGCAUUUCUGAGCACUCCGUGUUAAAUGCAAAUACUAACACCACUGCUCAUGAAGAAUCCAGUCAAUCCAUUAAUAUUCCAGAAUAUGCAACCGUUGUUAAAAUGGGUUUAGGCGCCGCAAUGAUUGAUGCUAAUGAUGAAAAAACAGUUUCUUUGAAAACUGAUAUUGUGGAUAUUCCAACCACAGAAAUUCAAGCAUCGAACAGCUUUACUCCAGUGCAAAUUUCAUCCGACAAUGUUCAAAAUACUACAAUUGAAAACGUGAAUCAAGCGAACCCACAGCUCACGCUUACAGAAAAUGUUGUUCAAGCUGUUAUCACUACCGAUUCAGAUAAAAUUUCUAGCAUCGAAAUUGUUUCUACCAACAAAGAACUCUCCAGCACAACAGCCCCCGUAUCAUCUGAAGCAUUACUACAAGGUAAUGACAUUUCCAGCGAAGAUGAGUCUAGUGAAACUAGUAUUGUAGCUUCUCCUGUUAUACGUGGACAAUCUGCUUCAGAAACUGUCAAUUUAAAUGAUAAACCUGAACCCAUAACGACAAAUUCGACAGAGCAAGAUAAUUCUCAUAGUACGGUUCAACUAAACGCGACCAAUACAGAAAACGCAGAACUGUUGUCUGUGCCAAUUCAGACAAUUGAAAGCACACAAGAGUCUACGAAUUCACUACCGGUCAAUCCCGACAUUGUUCAGGAUCAUCCAUCACCUUUGACAUUGAACAAUACCCCUGAUGCUACGCAUGAAAUAUCUGUUGACCAACAUGUUUUAAAAGAUCAGAAUAACACUAACGAGAACAUGACUGUAACAUUGAGCAAUACCGCCGAUGCCGUACAUACAUCUGUUGAUCAUCAUACUUUGAACGAGCAGAUUGGUACUAAUGAGAUCGCCACUGUCAUGUUAAGCAAUACAUCUGAUUCAUCAACGCCCGUUGAUCAUAACACUGUUGCCAUACAUGAAGCGCCUGUUCACCAAGAAACUUCAACAUCAAUCACCAAUGGAGAGGUAUAUAAUGAGACUCCACGAGCAUCAACAUCCCGAGAACCUUCGGAGGAGUCUUCAAGUUUCAUAGAAAUUCAGCCUUCACAAGUGAUCAUUCAUUCACCGCACUCUGAUGAGCUGUCAUCGCGAUCAUCAUCUGAAGCUCAAUCGCAGUCAUCCAACAUCUACGAAAACGUUCAAGCCACUUCAUCGAUUCGCAAAACCUCCCUCAAAUCCUCCAAAUUGACCCUCAAAACUCCUGGUCCGAGUGCUCAAACAUCAUCACAGAGCACAACUAGUAAGAAAACGUCCACUCCAUCCACACCAACAACUCCAUCUGGCUUGAAAACUGCAAAACUCGUCAAAACUAAAACCAUUAGUGAUACCAAAAAGAAAACUGCCACCACAUCCGAUCCCUCAAGCCGUAGAAACUCUCUUCGCAAGAACUCCAUUGGGAGCCCAUUUGGCUCACUGCAAACCAAUACCGUCAAAAACAUGCAGAAAGAGUUCCUCAACAAGACACAAAAAGAACCAUCAAAAUCGAUCACCAUCACGCCGAAACCAAAACCAUCCAAACUGGUGCAACCAAAGGCUUUCAUUAAUAAUAAGCUUACCAACCCUAUUACCACACCUACUCAGCCGAACGUUGCGGCGAGCACUAGUAAAGCUUCCAUUCCGUCCGGAGAGCCGGGAUCAUCCCGGUCUACGCCUGGACCGAGUUCAUCUAAGGGUACCACUCCUGGAGGAUCGCGCGAAAGUUCGGUCACCUCGGAACAGAAACGAAAGCUCCGCAAGAAAUACAUGGAGACGUGCUUCAGUGAUGACUAUUUCACCUCGGAUGACGAAGAUGACUACACCACCACGGUCACGGAAAGCGAAAGUCGCACAAUCAUUCGAUCGCUGGUGAAACCGUUCGAACCAUGUGAAGAACCCCUGGAAGUACAAGCGCGUCGUUUACUGGACGCAGGCCACGUGAUGUCGUACCAGCAAGCGGAAGUGGCUGUCCAGUUGAUCGAAAUGCGUUACGCCCAGGACAAUGCCAUCUGGGCCGCGAACCAGUGCCACACGAUCGACGAGGCCAAGGAUCUGCUGCAGAAGGAAUGCGAACUGUGCCUGGGGGUGUACCCCAUGAAUGAGAUUAUAUCGUUGCUCAAGUGCACGCACACGUGCUGCCUGGACUGUGCCAAGGUUUACUUCACCGAGGAAAUUAUGCACCGCUCGAUUACCAACUGCAACUGUCCGUACUGCAAGGAACCGGACCUGAACAGUGCCGACGUGACGGAAGAUGACGUCGUGGAGUACUUCUCCAAUCUGGACAUUCUGCUGAAGAACAUUGUCGAUGCGGAGGUGCACGAUCUGUUCCAGCGGAAAUUGCGCGACCGGACGCUAAUGCAAGACCCGAACUUCAAGUGGUGCGUCGACUGUUCGUCCGGAUUCAUCGCCAGACCGCGGCAGAAGAGACUGAUCUGCCCGGAUUGUGGGUCGAUUACCUGUGCGUCCUGUCGGAAGCCCUGGGAAUCACAGCAUGAGGGCAUCUCGUGCGAGCAAUUCGCCGCGUGGAAGGAGGCCAACGAUCCGGAACUGCAAGCUCAGGGAGUGGCCCGGCAUUUGCAAGCGCACGGCAUCAGCUGCCCGAACUGCAAAUUCAAGUAUUCCCUGUCACGUGGUGGCUGCAUGCAUUUCACCUGCACUCAAUGCAAGUUCGAAUUCUGCUUCGGCUGCAAUAAACCGUUCAUGAUGGGCGCCAAGUGUGACGUCUCGCCGUACUGUGCCAAACUGGGUCUCCAUGCGCAUCAUCCAAGAAACUGCUUGUUCUACCUGAGGGACAAGGAACCCAAGGAUCUACAAACGUUACUAACGAUGCACAACGUAUCGUACGACACCGAACCUUCCGAGCUGAUGAAGCGAGAGUUCUUGGAGGGCGGAGGUGCAUCAAUGAAAUGCCCCAUUCCGCUUCAGAGAGAAACCCCAGCUGGCCUGAUGGACACCAUUUGUAAUGGCGAAGUUCCUGACGGAUACGCUGGGCUGUGCAGCGCUCACUACAUAGAGUAUUUGACCUCUCUGGUAAUAAGCCAACGCAUCGAUCCAUUGAACAUACUGAGCGCGGACGAUCUUGAAUCGAUCGUGCGCCGGGCGAACAAACGCAUGCCUCCGCGCCCUUUCGGACUCGUCGACGGAAUCUAUCGGGACUAUUUAGCACAGAUCGUCAAAGAGCAAAUUCCAUUAAACUGAAGACGCAUCUCCCAGAAACCACCGGGAGCCAGCUUACCGUUUAGACGUACGAUCCAUGGAAGCUGUCAUCACUAUAUGUAAAGGAACAUCAUAUGAUACUCAAGUUACCCCUAGUGCUCUAUUGAACAUGGUAUUGUUUCAAUCACACAUUUCUUUUACAUUGAUUACCACACACUACCUACUUUACUAUCCUCCUGAUCUUUCCUAUUUUCCACUGAAAAGUAUGUAUCAGUGAUCAUUAUACUAGUUUUAUCGAAUAAAAAUCAAUAUUAUAGUUACUACUUAA